UAAAAUCUAAUGUAAUCCAAUUUAUUUUUGUUCAUACAUUAAAAGUGUUUGUGUUUGUAAUAAGAUUAAAUAGAAUUCUUAUUAGAUUUCAAAUUUCAAUAAUGUAAAACAUAAUAUCAUUGAUCUGCUGUUGCAAAAAUGUGAUUCUGCAAAUGAAACUAUACCAUCAGUAUGCCGACCUUCUUAACGCCGGGCCGGCACGGCUACAGCGUGCGUUUCUCUCGCACACAUCCAGACUCAUUGGCGGUGGCAACUAGCCAAUAUUAUGGGCUAACCGGUGGCGGCACACUGUUCCUGCUGGAACUUGCACCGGACGGUGCUACAAUAUUAGAGCUGCAGAAGUUGGAAUGGAGUGAUGGACUAUUUGAUGUGACAUGGUCGGGAACGUCAGAUGGUGUGGCCGCGUGCGGCGCGGGCGACGGUGCUAUAAUCAUAUGGAGAGGGGGCUGCUCCGCUCCUCUCCGAGUGCUGAGGGCACACCGGAGUGAAGUGUGCUCGGUGGACUGGCCAAGAGGCCAUCUGCUGAGUGCCAGCUGGGAUACCACGGUGAAGUUGUGGGAUCCAGAAUCGGAAACUUGUCUCAACACGUUCACUGGUCAUUCCCAACUGGUAUACACGGCAGUCUUCUCACCACACUCUCCGGCAACCUUUGCUUCGGUGUCCGGAGAUGGACACCUCAAGUUGUGGACGUGUACGGAGGGACGUCCAGCUGCAGUGGUGAAGGCGCAUGAUGCUGAGGUGCUGUCAUGCGACUGGAGUAGAAUUGACGCGCACGCCUUGGCCACUGCGGGCUCUGACGGUUUGAUCAGAGGUUGGGACUUGAGACGGCUCACAUCACCCAUGUUUACCUUAAAAGGCUGUGAGUGCGCUGUGAGGCGGGUGCAGUUCUCGCCGCAUACGCCAAACGUAGUAGCGGCUGUGUCAUACGAUUUUACUACAAGACUGUGGGACGUAUCCCGUGGCUGCGAUCCUCUAGAGACGAUCCGCCACCACUCGGAGUUCACUUAUGGGCUGGACUGGAACUGCGGUCGCCGUCACCAGCUGGCUGACUGCGGCUGGGACAGUCUCGUGCACGUGUUCACACCGCGGUCGCUGAGCAAUGGAUAGAGCAUAAAACUGGACAUAGGACUGUGAAAAUUAUAGACAUGUUUCAAACAAUGUUUGGAAAAGGAGAUGGGCUAUUCCAAUACAGGACGAAGUAUUAGCAUUAUUGUAAAGUUGAUGUUAUUUUUAACGAAUUUUAUUAACAUUAGAAACCUGUACAUAGUUAUUCCGCUAUAUAAUGUAACGAUGUAAUAUGCUUUUAUAAUAAUAGAAUUUAUAAGAAUGUUUAUGGAAUAUUAUUUUUAUUGUAAUACGUAAAAGCUAAGUUACAACAGAGACUGUUAAUUAUGAUUUUGCAUUUAUUUUUGUUUUUAUUAGAAAUUAAAAAUCGAUAAAGAGAGA